AUGGCUGCCGCGCUUCAGACCAAUGCUAGAGCGACAGCGAAUCGGUUCAGCACCACAGCUCUACCAAAUUUCUCCUCUGGAAAACACCGAAAGAAAUUUGAAGCGGUAAGGUGUAGCUUGAUCGGCAGUCCAGAAUCGGAAGGCAGCCGCCGUCGAUUGCUAUCCAUUUCCCUUCUCGCCUCUCAGCUGCAGUUUCUACUUCCACCGAACAAUGCAUUUGCAGGCAGCUUGUUGGAUAAGUAUGUUAAAAGGAAGAAGCUUGACCCUCUGGAGGUAUACGUGCCAGCAGUGAUAUUGACUGAGAUACAGAUCAAGGAUUUGGAGAAAACUCUGGAGGUCGAUAAGCCUGAAUUUGCCAGUUGCCGGACCUUACUGCGGUCCGGUCCAGCAGGAUCACUUCGUGUAAACAUUCGAGCAGUAGCGCAAUAUGCAUCCGAUGCAGGAAAUGGGAAAGCAGCAUUCAAUGACGUAGAUCAGUGUCUCAGAGCAUUGGAGGAUCUUGAUUCCUUGUUCCUUCGAGCAUCAAGAAACAAUCCAGAUGCCUCAGUCAAAUUGAUGAAAGCAAAGAUAGUUGAUGCUCUUAGAGCGUUGGACAGCCUCCUGAACACUGUUCCUCCAGAGGUACUGGAUAAGGGGAGAGCUAUUGCAGAUGCCUACAAUGCACCAGAAGGAGAAGCGGAUACACAACCAGAGAUCCAAGACCCCGAGCUCAAACAGCUCGAAUCAAUUUUGUAA